CGGCCCUUUUGUGUAUCAUCGAGAAAGCGUCCUUGUUUGAGGUGGGAAUCAUUUCCUUGUAACGCCAAACAAUGGCUGGACAUUCCUUCAUUGAUAUGAAACCCAGUUUUGAAGCAAAGUUGCCAACGAAACUGGAGACAACAAUUUCCACCCACUGGUUCGCUUUGCACGGUCAUGGUCCCAGAAUGCACUGUGCACGGCCGAUGUGUCCCCCACGGACGCACGGGACCAGAAGAGCCUGCCGGGGACGAAUCUUAGCAACUUUGAAGAAAUCUUAGCAGACGAACUUCCGAUUCCUCAAGCACCAGAUGCAAUGGAAAGAACUGCUAUCAGGUUGCGAUGUCUGGUAAAGCAGCUUGAGCGAGGGGGGGCGUCCCUGGUGGACCUGAAGAAAAACCUGGAGAACGCCGCAUCGGUCCUUGAAACCUUGUACUUCCAGGAAACCAGACGUCUGUCGGACCAAGAAGACGAGCUGAGUGAAAUUCAUUCCGAGACGGUGCCAUCGGAGGUCCGGGACUGGCUGGCGUCCACAUUUACCCGCCAGCGGCGUCACAUGAUGCGGCGCUUUGAAGACAAACCUCGCUUCCGCAGCAUCGUCUACGCGCUGCAGGCUGGCAUCUUCGUGGAAAGAAUGUACAGGAGAGCCUCCACCAUGCCGGACCUCAGCUACCCCCCCGAUGUUAUCAGUGUACUUAAGGAUGUGGACACGUGGUCCUUCGAUGUGUUUGCACUGAACCAUGCCAGCGGAGACCAUGCUCUGAAAUUCAUCUUCUACGAACUUCUCACCAGAUAUGACUUGAUCAACCGCUUCAAGGUCCCUGUCUCAGCGCUGAUAUCCUUUGCUGAGUCGCUGGAGGUGGGGUACAGCAAAAACAAGAACCCGUACCACAAUUUGACUCAUGCCGCUGAUGUUACACAGACCAUCCACUAUCUCGUCCUCAAGACCGGCAUGGUGCACUGGCUCACUGAGCUGGAGAUAUUUUCGAUACUUUUUGCAGCAGCUAUCCAUGACUACGAACAUACAGGAACUACCAACAACUUUCAUAUUCAGACCAGGUCGGACACCGCCAUGUUGUACAAUGACAGAGCCGUGCUGGAGAAUCACCACGUCAGCGCCGCCUACCGCCUGCUGCAGGAUAACGAUGACAUGAACAUCCUGGUCCACUUUUCCAAGGACGACUGGAGGGAAUUGCGUAAUCUGGUGGUGGAGAUGGUGUUGGCGACCGACAUGUCUUGCCAUUUCCAGCAAAUUAAGGCCAUGAAGAACGUACUCCAGCAGUCUGAGGUGAUCGACAAACCAAAGGCUCUAUCUCUGCUGCUGCACACGGCUGAUAUCAGCCACCCCGCCAAGCGCUGGGAUCUCCACCACCGCUGGACCACAUCCCUCCUGGAGGAGUUCUUCAUUCAAGGUGAUAAAGAAGCAGACUUGGGUCUUCCUUUCUCUCCUCUGUGUGACCGAAAAUCCACCAUGGUGGCUCAAUCCCAGAUUGGGUUCAUCGACUUCAUUGUGGAGCCAACAUUCUCCGUCCUCAGCGACAUGAUCGAGGUGAUCGUCACGCCGCUCAGUGGAGAUGGAGCUCACGCGGGAUUGGCUGGCGUCAGGCGCUACAGCAGCACGGCUGGUGCCGAUGGACAGUCCUCCAGCGUGAAGACCGUGGGCUCAGACAGCAGCUGUUGUCUCACUGCCGUGGACUUCAGGAGGUUCAAGGUCACGUGGAACCUGGAGAUCCAUCGCAACAGGGAGACGUGGAAGACGCAGGCAGACGCAGAUGAUCCAGCCCAGUGUCUCCCCAUACCUUGCUGCCAAGGACCCAGCUACUGCAUCGGGUACUAUAGGCUGCCAAGGUCAAAGGUCACAAAGACCCAGCUCAGCGAUGCCAGAGCAAAAGCCAGAAGACUGCAUAGCAUCUCUCUGCGUUAUCGAAAGUCUUCUUAGCCGUAUGGAAGGUAUGGAAGGUAUGGAAGGUAUAUGACUUCCUUCAAAUACUCAAAUACCAGAGCAUGUGAGUACAUGAGAAUAUGAAUGGUGUGACAGCUACUCCGCUACUUCUAAUACUUAUACUUCUCAUACUAAUACUUCUAAUACUACCACUGUGAAGGUCUUCUUCAUAACUCUAACUUCAUAACUCCACGCUAGUCUUAUUGGUAGUCACGUUCUUUUUACUUUCAUUGUAUCUCAAGUAUGUACAGUAUACUUUGGUUACUUUGUGCAAUACUGGUGUUUUCAUAUGAACUGUCACUGUGAAAUAAAUUACCAGU